UCAAUUACCACAUACCUCUCCCCUCAACACACCCAUUCAUAAACACAAUGGUCCUCCCUCGCUCCGCUAUGCGCGGCUUCUCAGCUGCCCGUCUUCUCCGCUCUUCGGUCCGCCCUGCUACCCGUACUGUUGCUCGCAGAGGUUACGCCAGCGGCCACGGUCACUCGGCUCCCAGCAGUGAUGUGCCAUGGAUUCUCGGCUCUGCCGGUAUCACUAUCCCCGGCGCUUGGUACCUCUGGCCCGACUCAUCCAACGGUGAUGCCCACGGUCCUGGUGAUGCCCACGCCAAGCAGGUCGAGGAGCACCCCGAGAUUGAGCAGCCCGAAGAGGAGGAGGAGAAGUCCGAGGACAAGUCUGAGGAGCAACCCCAAGAAGAGUCCAAGGAGGAGUCCAAGGAUGAUGAGUCCAAGGAUGACGAGUCCAAGGAUGAGCCCAAGGAGGAGUCCAAGGGUGGUGCCUUGAAGGACGGCAAGGGUGAGGCUACUCAGGAGCAGCCCCAGUCUGGCAAGGAGCCCGCCGAGGGAGAGUCCAAGUCCAAGCGCACCACCGACGGUGCCAACAUGCCCGAGAACAAGGGCGAUGUUGAGGGUGUCAGCUUCAAGGGCCCCACCAGCGAGGGUGACUCUGACAACAAGAUGCCCGACGAGCGCAAGCGUGAGCCUGACGGCAAGGGUGCCUUUAAGAAGCGCAUCGACUCCGGCUACGGCAAGAACCUCGGCGAGGGCCCUACCCAUAGAUCUGACGGCUCCACCAGCGCUGCCACCUCAAAGACCGAGACUCCCGACGACCAGGGUGAUAUUCAGAAGAAGCAGGCUGGUCUCUCAACCACUAACACAAGACAUUCGACCGACAUCACCAAGGACCCUGAGAUGUCCAAGAAGGGUGAGGGCUCUCCCGACACUGCCAAAUCUUCCGGAACAAUUUCAGUCAACCGUCCCACACCCGAGGCCCAGAAGAAGCAGGAGAAGGGCGAGGGCAAGGAGAACACUCCUAGAGAAUCCAAGGACGAGUAAAAAGCACCAUUAUAGCUUUUAGAACUGU